AUGGUACCACUACUCAUUCUUUUGACGAUAUGUAUCAGUCACGUAUCUUCGUUAUCCAUCGGGAUCCUACGUCGACAGAAGCCUCCACCAAGUAACUUGACAUCUUGCGGAUUUUGGUCGCAUGCCAGUGUACAGUCCGGUGAUAAGAUCUAUAUAUACGGCGCUGAAGGUCUGCGGAAUGAUUCAGGAAUCCUCGACUCCCCGCAGUUUUUCUCUCUUGACUUGAGUAGAAAUUUUAACAUUGAUGAACCGAAACUGCUCCCCAUCUCCAUCCUCUCUAGGAGAGGGCCUCCUGACGUGGUGAAUGCGACUUUAUGGCUGGACCAAAUACGAAAUAGGAUUUUGCUAUACGGGGGCGCCUUCCGUAAAACUAGCGGCGACGUAGAUACAUUACCGCAAGCUAUAUGGGGUUAUGAUCUUAUCCAGGACUCAUGGUCUGCCGUUACUGCAAAGGGUGAUCCGGUAUCAAGGGCUACUUUUGGCGCUUCAGCAUUUGUAAACGACGUUGGUUACUAUCGAGGUGGACAACAAGACGCCCAUACUACACCAGGAUAUCCUGAACCAGCGGAUUUUAGACUUUUAGCCGGAAUGCGAACCUUCAAUAUGACCUCCGGGGAGUUUAAUAGCGAUAACUCAACGAUUCAGGUGUAUGGUGAUCCGAUCUCCUUAGGGUAUCGUCAAGGCGCGCUAGUGCCUAUUAAACUUGCAGGAAGGGACUAUCUUAUCAGUUACGCUGGUGGUGGCAGGAGAGGCACUGGGCUAAAGUUGGAUAAUGUGUAUAUUUAUGACAUUGAACGACAAGAAUGGUUUCAACAACCUACAGCGGGGGAUAUUCCAACCAACGUUCGCGGAGUGUGUGCAGUGGCUGCAUAUGCAUCGGAUGGUAGUUCAGUGAACAUCUACAACUAUGGUGGGGUAGUAUACGAUAACAACGCCGGCAGAUUUACCCAAAGCCAGCAGAUGUGGAUUUUGUCAAUUCCGGCAUUCCAGUGGGUCUUUGUUGACAGGUCGGAUGCACUUCAACCGCGCGGUUUGCAAGACCAUACUUGCCAUCUCCAAGGCACGAACAUGUUGGUCGUUGGUGGAAGGGAUUUCUCGUCACAGUGUGAUAACAAUCCAGUGAAAGUUUUCAAUGUUUCCACGCUAAAAUGGGAACCAAAAUAUUCAGCAUUCCCAGCGACUUACCGACUGCCAUUUGAAGUAUUCGCGGUUAUUGGUGGCGAUUCUAUGGGGAAUUCAAAAUGGGCAGAUAAACCUUUCAUCACCCCAACAGACACUAAUUCGCCAUUUUAUAAAUUCGGGCAGGCUACCGCCAGUCCAAGUCCAACUUUAGAUGUGCCUCCACCCUCUGGACCGGAUCCGACAAACCGUGACGGGAUUAUAGCUGGCGCUACCGUCGGUUCCAUAGCUGGUGUUAGCAUCCUCUUGGCUAUGAUUUCGGUUUUGAGAAGGAAAAAACGAAAAGAGUCAGACGGUCAAGAGAAGGGCCAGGAGAACUUUCAUAAUGAAGUAUUUGCAGGUAUCGACCCAAAUACCCAACCCCCUACGGAUGAUAUCAGAGAUCCACCACCUUCUCCACCUUCUCCUGAGAGUACGAGGCGAUUUUGGGCGAGUCUACGAAGGGCACCAUCCAACACAAUGCCAAGUAUCCCAAGAAGGCCGAUGGAAAGAAGAAGGGAUCAAUUGAGUGUCCUUGACACUACUGCCGGUUCUAUGAUGGAUAGAAACUCGGUUCUCAAAGAUUCGCCAUGCUCACCUCCAUGGGAAUACCCUCGAGACACGAGGCAUGUAUUUCAGGGUCUGGCAGAGUUGCCUGCAGAGUCUAUGAGCAGUGACGAGAUACUUCCGAUAUCUCAUAUGGACACAAAUUUGACAGGUAGUGAUAUUGUGUUAGCGGAGCUGGAGCCCCGCCACAAAAGAAGAAUACGAGAUGUCACCGUUGAACCGGAGGCGUAG